AUGCCGAUCUUAGAACUCUACCUGACGAUUACCGACUCCGACGACCUGCCGAUCUUUAUCUAUUGCGCUGCCACGCGCAAGACCGGAGGAGUGGAACAGACAUUUUCAGUCCCUACUAGCAUAUACACCCCCUUCGACUCUUCGUUAGCACCACGCUCGAGCAAAAACCUCGUCAUAUCCUCCCAGCCUUUCUGGGCCGCAAGCAGAAGAGCAUAG